UACUCCAGGUAUAAAUCUCAAUUUCACCAAUGGUAACGCACUGUCAACAAAGUCCGACGGAUCUUGAAAGCAGCAUAGAAAUUGUAUUGCAACGAUGUUGUGAAUGCGGUCCAUUUGUGCGAGAGGAGGAUGACUGUAUUCUCCCAGCCGGCUGUACUCGCUCACCUGGCUGCUUCCAGUUUUAUGAAAUAAAGGAUUGAGCAUCCUGUGAGCUUUCUUAUGGAAACUACCUUGAAACAAUAAAUGCAUCGGAUCUAAAGUUCGUGUGAACUAUUCACACGAACUGAGAGCAAAGAAAGUCUCAGAUGCUGCUCUCCUCCAGCCUACCUGCUGGGAUCUCUGCUCUCAACACGUUUAUGUUCAGUAGAAGCUGCUUUUCCUGUAACAGCUGGGAUCUUUCCACGGGGAAGCCAAGAACUUCCCACUGACUACCCAAGUCCUUUGUGGAUGGGAACAUGCCGUUUAAUUCCUUCCCUGCUGCCAAACUGGAUUUCCUGCAGGUUAAGCAUUUGAAGAGGAAAAGGAAGAGCAACUACAGCGUUCGGGAAACACAGACUCUGAUCAGUGAGAUCCACAAGAGGAGAGAGGUGCUGUUCUCCAGACAGCAGAAUACAGCAAUCAAUGAACUGAAGAGGCGGGCAUGGGAGGAAGUGGCUCAGUGUGUGACCUCGCUGGGGGAGGGGGAGAUUCGCACGGCUGCUGAGGUAAAGCGUCGUUAUCUCGACUGGCGUGCACUGAUGAAGAAAAAAAGGCUAAAGACGGAGAUCUCUCUGUCUUCCUCCUCCCCGUCUCUGACCAUAAAGACGGAGUAUGAUCAUUCAUCACCGGAGCACGAAGCCGCCUCUGUGGGUUCUGGCUGUGAUCAGCUGCUGGACCUCUCAGGGUUCCCUAAAGACUGGCCGGAGCUGGAGACCCUUGGCGAGCAGAGUGAGAUGACCCCUCUGGACGUAAAGAUGGAAGAGGAGAUCAUUGAAAACAGACUGGACGUUGGUGUUGACGAUGAGGAGGAUUUCCCUCCUUUUUUCAGCUCCAUUGAAUCCCGUCCAGAGGGCCACGCCGGUGAUGCUUACCCCUACAGUGAAUUGGGUUCCUCCAAGGAGCCGACGUCCAGCACCAGCAGAGAUGUGCUGCUGGACGGAGGCCUGAUGGAGAAGCCGCCUGGGAAUGGUUUUGGGCAUCAUGAGAACGUGCGAGCGGGGAUUCUUCUCGCUGUGGAGAAGCAACGAUUGGAGCUGGAGAGGCAACGGCUGGCCAUAGAGACCGAACGCCUUUCUGUGGAGAAAGAGCGGCUAGCAGUGGAGAGGGACAGACUCCACCAAGUGGAGGUGGAAAAAGAGCGCCUGCACCUGGAGAAGGAGAGGCUACAGGUGGAAAGAGACCGGCUGAGGCUUCUGCUUGUUGGCCAGUCAGAGCAGAUCGACUCAUCUUUCAACUUUUCCCAGCAAGGCCCACCAUCCUCUUCCUCAUCUUUGUCCUCCUGUAGCAACCGGCAGGGGGUGAAGGGAAGCAAAGGCUGGAUGUCAGUGGUGGAUCUGGAGACUGAAAAGAUCAACCUGGAGAAGGAGAGGCUUAAUCUAGAGAAGGAAAGGCUGCAGUUCUUUAAGUUUGAGAGCGGGAGACUGCAAAUUGAAAGAGAACGUCUGCAAGUAGAAAAAGAGAGGAUGCAGCUGCAAGACAGUCAUUCAGUUAAAGGCUGAUAUGAACAAGACGAGGAAGACUAUGUGACAUUAUCCCAAUGUCUUCAGCAGCAGCAAGAAGAAAGAUUCAGGAUGUGCAAACUCUGGAUUUGGAGAUCAUGCAAGUUUAAAAUAAAACAAUGUCUUUUGAUAAAGAGGGAGACAUAAUUGGUGCAACAUUUAAAACAAGACAAAGCUUUAUAGUUAAAAAUACAUGUUUACCUUUUAGCAUACCCCCUCAUGGGUCACCACAAUGAAUCAGUUGUCACUGCUACGAUCCAUUUUUCUAAUCUGAGCAACUGGAUCACACCAAUAUUGUUCGUAAUUUUUGUUGGGAGGUUGGGAGUGUGAUGAGCUGUAAACUAGCAGGAGAGCAUGUGAACAGAGAGCUUUCAGCAAGGGGGAGGAGAAGGUGGGAAUAGUUUGCUCCAUGGUGACAGUCUUGCCCGCAGAGAGGAAUUUCUAAUGAUCUUCUGCUGCUCAGCAGAAAAUAUGUCCAAGAAAACAACACAGGUUUGAUUGAUUUUGGCUAAAAAUCGCAUAAUCAUAAUUCAAAGACCACUGGGAACACUUUUAAAAUAAAUCAAAAGAUUAUUAGAGAGAGUCUUUAGGUUCAAGAACCAUGCAGUGUUUAUAGUAAAUAAAUUAAAUCCAAAUGAAUGGUAGGUAAUGGAUUGUAACACACUUUUCAUAGAAAGGAUCUUUUUAUGGAAUCGUCGUGAUUUUAAUGUUUCAAACUGUAUGGCACAUUAAAAACAAAAGCACCAUGAAAGCCUUUCUAAAUUUAGAGUUGUUUCUGGAAACUUGUUCCACCUUUAGGCUUCAGACCAAAAUCUAUGUUAAUGAAGUGCAUUUUUAAUAUGCAUGUGGUUGUUAGGAAGCAGGAAGGAUGUUUUGUUCAUUUUCAGUCUGCAUGUUGCACAUUUUUAAUUUAAUACUGUAUAAGUAACAUUAUAUGAUUGAUAAAUAAUUGAUUAAUUAUUCUCACAUGAGGAUGUAUCUGCAUGAUUUUAGGACUGAAAUAAGAAUUAUUUUAUUGGAAAUCAGAAAUCCAAUUUAUAUCUAUUCACAUAGUAAACUUCCACUUUAACAAAAGCCUGCUAAAAAAAGUAAAUAAUAAUAGAUAAAGAAGAACUUUUAAAACAGAAAUUUAAAACAAAAAGUAUGAUUUAUAACAGAUCUUCAGUAUUUGUGUAACAGAAGAUAAUAGAAGGGAAAUAGCAAAUAAAGAAAAUACUUCCUUCAUAAAAAUGAAAUGAAGUAAUAAAUGAAAGAAAGGGUCGUGUUCAUGUCUGUUUGGAAUACACAGAAUGAACACAAAGCCAUUGUGAUUAUGAGAGAAGUGUUUUUGUUGUGAACAGUUUGUUUCCUGGCUGCUGCAGGUCUUUCACAUUCAUUUCUUGUUUCCUUAUUUUUUAACAGGCUCAGUGGACAGAGCGCAAGGCAGCUGAAAACAUCAGAAUCUGAGAGGAUGUACUUUACAAUUGCAUUUUGUAAAAAUUGGUUUCAGAGAAUCUGAACUUUUCUGUGAGGAGAAAACCCAUAUUCAUAACAUCUUCAGUGAGCCAAUAAUAGUAAAAGAAAGGGCAGCUAAACAUAAUAAUGUUGUCAUUUAUGCUUCACUUUUGAUGUCAACAAAAUAGGUUAAAUGUGUAUAAUUGAAAAAUAAAUGUUAUUACUGAUACACUUUGUUUUAUUGUUAUUAUUGUGUUCUGAUAAUUCAAUUUUAGUGACUAUUUUCUUUUUUUCAGCAAAAGUUAAUAAAUGUUGUCACUUUUUCAC